AUGAAGUUCUUCGCCACCGCUCUUGUCUUCGCUGCCGCCGCUCUGGCCAUGCCUCACUCCACCGGUGCCGAGGGCUCUGGUGAUGGUGUCGGUGGAGGUAACAGCAACGUUCAGUUCCCUGUCAAGAAGGAGACCACCAUCCAGCAGGCUCAGGCCAAGUGCGGCAACGACGCCAAGGUCAACUGCUGCAACAAGGCCACCUACACCCACGACAUCACCACUGCCAACACUGGCCCUCUGGCCGGUGUUCUCCAGACUGCUCUGGGUGGUGGCCCCGGUGGUGACGGUCUUGGUCUCUUCGGCCAGUGCAACGACAUCAGUGCCAACGUUCCUGUUCUGAACGUUGUUGGUGGCGGUGUCGACCAGCUCGUUGAGCAGAAGUGCAAGCAGAACAUUGCCUGCUGCCAGAACGACGGUGCCCAGGCAAACGGCAACCUCGUCGGAGUCGCUCUUUCCUGCGUCGCCCUCGGCUCUCUGCUGUAA